AUGAUAAACAGAGUAGAACUCACAGUGGAAUUAUUACGAAAAUAUCGAGGAGAGUUGACACAUGAGAAAGUUGUUAGAUUGAACAGAAUAGUCAAGGUUGUUGAAAGUAUUCAUCAGAGUCAUCAAAACGAGGAAGUUAUCAUUCCAAGUAAAGAAGCUAUUAGUGAGGUUCUUGAUAACCCAAAUGAUGAAAACAUGAAGACAUUCAUUGAAUGCACAUUCAAAGAAAAAGUCAAUGUUGGUGAGACAGACAUUAAGAAAAUCUAUGAAGAACAAGAAAGUAGUGCAGUUGAGUUAUUGAAAGACAUCAUGGAUGUUUUAAUGAAUGAGAACAUCAAGAAAUAUGUAAGCAAUAAAGCAAUUAAAAGAAUUACACAAAUGGCACAGAAGAUUCGUAACAACAUUGUGGAGUGUAUCAAUGAAAAUAUGAGAAUGGAAGAAGAGAAGAAUCAAGAAACAACAACACCACCAGAAAUGACAAAUAUUCCAAUCAGUGAAGGAAACAAAACAGAAGAGCAAGAGAGUCCUAAAGAAACAGAAGAAGAGAGAGUGAAUAGGGAAUUUGGAGAGAAGAUGAGAAAAUAUUUGAUGAAACAAGAAAAGGCGGUGAAAGAAUGUGAAAACAUGAUUAAGAAUGGGAUUGAAGUGAAUGAGAUGAAUAUGAAAGUGUUAAUGGAUUUGGAUGGGUUUGUUGGAUUAAAUGAGGAGAAUCGUAAGAAAAGAAAGGAUUUAGUAAUUAAAAUACAGGAAGAAUUGGAUGAGAUUGAAGGAAUGGUCAAGAAGUUAAGAGUCACAAAGAUGAAAGUCGAGAAGAGAGUAGAAGAGAUUGAAAAACAAAAACAAGCAAUGGAAGAAGAAAAAAAGAAAGAAGAAGAGGAGAAAAGAAAAGAGGAAGAAGAGAAAAAGAAAGCAGAGGAAGAGAAAGAAAAGGCAAUUGAGGAAUUAAAGAAAAAGAAAGAAGAAGAAAUGAAAAGAAAAAGUGGAAUAGGAAAACAACAAAACCAACGAUAUGUUAGACCAAAGAAAACACAAAGUGAAAGAGAAGAAGAAAAUAAGGAAGAAGAAGAAAAAGCAAUAGAACUAGAGAAGAAAAGUAAUUCAGAAAGAAUUAGAGAAAUGAUUGAUUGGAGUAAAAUGAAAAUGAAUGUUAAAUUCCAAGUUAGUGAUAGAGGAAAUAAUGUCAUUGUUUAUGGUACAAUAGCAGGAUUAAAGGAUGAAGACAUUGAUGUUAAUAUCACAAAGAAUGGAUAUUUGAAAGUUAGUGGAGUUAAAAAACCAAAUGACAAUGAAAUGAAUAUGAUUAUAAGAACUAUCAAACAACGAAUGGGCAAUAUAAGUGAUGAAGAUAUUGCAAAGAUUGCAAUGAAAUAUUGUAAUGGAAGAUUUGGAACAUUUAGUCAAUUAUAUGAAAUUCCAGAAGAUAUUGAUAUUAAGAAUAUUACAGUCAAUUAUGAUGAAGGAAUUCUUCAAGUAAAUUUACCAAGAAAACAACAAACAAGAAGAAGCAUGUAUCCAAGAUUUGGUAUGAAUGAUUACAAUGAUGGAUAUGAUGAUCCAUAUGAUUCAUUCUGGUAA